ACGGCCAUGUCUGCCAGUCACCACUAUGAGCAGCUCCAGCGCGACCAUGACUCAGAACACGCAGUUGACCGGCACAAGGAGACCGACACGACGGAGGAUCCACGUCUUUACCCUCGCGAGUUCAAGAGCCCGAGUGCGAGUCACACUCUCUGGCUGGGCGGUGUAUUCUCUAGGAGAUUUGGCACAAUUAGACAGGAAAGCAUCGAUGUCGAUUUGCGAUACAUCCUCCCCAUAGCGGUCCUGGUCGGACUCUUCUCCGCCAUACCUUAUCUCGUGCACACUGCUACAUGGGAGAAGAUGGCCAAGAUUGCUCGGAAAACCGAGCUGAACGAUACAGCCAUCGACCUCAUAGUCUUCCGCAAGAUAUCUUUCACGGCCGCAAAGGCUAUAGACUUGGCGUGGAAUGUGCUUGUAGGUCGUGAUUUUCAGGCCACCGCGGCAUUUAUGUGCUAUCGUCUGUUUACAGGGAUAUUGUACCUCCUUGCGGAACAGCAGAGCGUAUCUGCAGAAACCUUCUCGGCACUUGUCUUCAAUCCCACAAGCUUGUUGAGUCUCGGUCCCGUCUUUAGGACGAUGGUUGUAGGAAAGCUGGCUCUGUUCAACAGACUAGCCGCCAUCUGGAUCGCAAUCUCAAUCAUGUACUUGCUGUUGAUUGUAACAAUGGCCGACCUGAUGACUGGAUACAUCACGGGCGAGGUAACAUGGCUACCCAAUGGAACUAUGAUGGAAAUGGACCCUGUUGACUGGGAUGGAUUAGGGACUAUAUCGAACAGUCUAUACACAGACCCGCCGCCCGAAAAUGCCACACUGCCGGGCAAGACCACAGUUCGGCUGAAUUGGACCCAGCCUGCAAAUGUGUCACAAGCAAUAGUGCCAUCAUCGCCAGGAAGUCUCAACGGCACAAUGUUUUUUCAACAAUGCCUGAACGUCAGUGAUAUGGGAUUGUUCUACGUUGAUGCCAUUGAUCGAUGGGGACCACCAUACGAUAGUUGGGUGCCUGGGUACACAGACUUCACCGUGUCUCCCGAGGUCAGACUGCUCACCAGUUAUCCUGCCAAAUCGUGUAUGAACCUUUUCGUGGUUGGGGAAUGGACCUAUAACAUGUAUAUGGUUGGGAAGUGGUGGCAAGAUGCGACCAAUUUUCGAUGUCUGCCUUCGACGGACUAUGCUUGGUAUACCAUACUCCUCACCUCCAUCAACAGCCUCUGGCUUGUGAUAACGGUCAGCCUCUGGCUCUACGUAGAACUCAAGAGUCAAUCCUUGCAGAAGCGCGGCGCGAUGGGGACUUGGCGAGCGGUACUCGAUCUAGCAUCGGCGUUCCAGCAAAGACUAGGCCAUGAUACCGGAGGGUAUACUGAAGCAGAACUUGAGCAGACGAUCGGGAAACUACAACCUUUGGCUUACGAUGUAUACGCGGCCGACUUGAUGGGAACCGAACGGAUCGUGUUGAGGGAAUGCAAAGGAACCAAUGAGUGGCGCAAAAAGAGGUUCACGUUGAGGUGGAGGACCAAAUACUGCUGA